GGACUCUCAAGACAGAACUCACUUCCUCAUGGGAAGAAGUAACGAAGAGGGUAGAUAAGGUGAAUGUGCCAGGUGAAAGGGGGUGAUCAGUUGAUUGUUCCCUGUGGGUGUGCAUUGGCUCGGAGAGAGCCUUAGUCGUCCGGUCGUGGUGAGUGCUGUGGGUGUGCAGUGGCGACGGAGGUUGGGAGUAUUAAAUGCAAGCAGCAGCUCAGAUUAGUCGCCUGCCACCAUGUGCUGGCAGGUGUGCCACACAGGGGAUUAGACCUCCUCCUACGACAGUGAAUUCGUCUUUAGCAGUAGUGUCCUCAUCUUCGUCAACGCCUUUGGCUUCGUCAUUAGGAAGAGGAGGAAGAAGCAGCAGGGGAGUGGUAGCGGGAGGCAAGACAGGUGGAGAUGUUGCGUUUCACCUCUCCUUCUCCCAAUCGAGCUCCCUGGCAGAGCUGCGGCUUGGCAUGCUUGACAAUUCUGCAAGACUGUCAUGGAUGGAUUCUCGUGGCGAGCAUGGGGUCGGCGAUGUCGCAGACCGAUCACAAGGCCAGCAGCUGGGCCCUGUGGUACCCAUCGUGGUCUCGUCACUCUUCCCGUUUGAUAAGGUUGUGAAGGUCGGCACCUCAUUAUGGAGUGGGUUGUGGGGAAAUGGAAAUGACGACGAGCAACGGGAAAGGGAGGAGAUGAUGCGACUCGUGAAGUCGUGGCAUACGACCACUAAGGGGACCUUGAAAAAGAAGUACAGAGUGGUGUCAGCAGCCGAAGGCAAGCGCUUGCUGAGCGACAUCUGUGCGCUCCUCUCUGACGAUGACACAUUCAAGGAUGCAGGGACUCACAAGGGAUGCAUGAUCAGAAGAGAGACAGCACACUCAAGGAGCUUCUGCUGUAAGAAUGUGAGAGCACUUUUUGAUGAAAAUCCUACACCUCACCUCAUUGUCGAGAUAUCGGUGUUUCCCGAUGGUCCAAUCAGCGAUGCCGAGUUCCAGAAGGCAGCAAAAAUUGAAAAGGUACUGAAGACGGGUCAUUCUAUUUGAUGUGGUCUGCUGUGGCUGCUUUAAAUUAUUACCUCAUCUAUCAUCUGACCAUUUGGGUGGGGAGACCUCCGUCCCACUGACCGUUCCCCCCUCCAUUGCAUCACUCCCAUCUUCAGUCUGUUUUCUUUCUCCCCUUUUUGCCAGCGGAUUUUUGCUUUUAGUGUAUCUCUACUUUACCCGUUCUCUCUCUCUCUCUCUCUCUCUCUCUCUCUCUCUCUCUCUCUCUCUCUCUCUCUCUCUCUCUCCCCCCCUGCUAGUGUGACUAUAUCUUCGCCCUUGCCUGUCGGCUCCCAGGUCAUGAAGAGGCAGGCCAAACGAAUGACAAUGUGGGCGUUUCUGACUUGUGUGUACAUUUAUACGGACAUCUCACUCGGACGGUAGCAGAAAGCAGAGAAUAUGACAAAACAGGUCCAGAUUUGGAGAUGGACAUCUUUCCAAUGCAUUUCAACGGAGAUGCCGAUUGAAAUUGCCCUUUUCCGCUGCACAAGUGAUUCCCCACUGCAUGUCCCAGUAAGUGCAUUUUCUGUGUAUGACUUCCUUCCCACAUCCUCAUGUGUCUGAGAGACAGACAGACAGACACACAAACAGUGAGAGAGAGAGAGAGAGAAAGAGAUUUGGAGAUGGACAUCUUUCCAAUGCAUUUCAACGGAGAUGCCGAUUGAAAUUGCCCUUUUCCGCUGCACAAGUGAUUCCCCACCAGUAAGUGCAUUUUCUGUGUAUGACUUCCUUCCCACAUCCUCAUGUGUCUGAGAGACAGACAGACAGGCACACACACAGUGAGAGAGAGAGAGAGAGAGAGAGAGAGAGAGAGAGAGAGAGAGAGAGAGAGAGUUAAUUUAUCCCGCACAGGUGUGCAGUGAGUUUUGUGCAUGUCAUCUGUUGAUUUGUGUGUGCACGAGACAGGCAGACUAAA